GAGUAUACGAGGCUGACUUGCUACACUCGCGCUGGCUUCUCCGUGAAGUUAAAACGUCCGUGAAGCUAGCUCUCCCCUCCGUAAAACCCUCCAGAGUGGCAACGUAGAUAUCAAACGACACACACUUGUACCUACAUGUUUUGACAACAACGGUAUAUUUUUUGUGAAGAACUCAUAUCGGAUAUGACUCCAACGGUCGACACCAUCUGCAGCGACUUCACCUCAGAUUCAGAGUGGUUGCCUGACGUCGGAAUAACGCUUUAAAUUACAUUUUCAGACACGGGAAAGGAGACUUGCUGAAUGAAACUUCCCACCAUUUCCCCCGGAGUGAUAAAGAAGCACUUCUGGGUGCCGUGUUAAUUUAAAAUAACCGAGUUGACUGCCGCUGUGGACCUCUGGAUGGGACGCAGAUAAAAUGUUUGGUCACGUCAAGUUCCAAGUUGGGAGAUUAGCAACAAUGUCAGGGGUCGCUCGUUUUGGAAAAUGAUUACUGGCAGCACCGACGGUAAAAUAAUGGUCAGAAGAUGUCUAGUAACGUUCAAACCGUUCAGGAUAUUCUUGGUGGGAAUAGGCUUCUUCAGCCUGUGCUUUCUAAUGACCUCUCUGGGGGGGCAGUUCUCAGCCAAGAGACUUGGGGACUCCCCCUUCACCAUCCGCACAGAAGUGCUGGGAGGCGUGGAGUCACGAGGUGUGCUGAGGAAGAUCAGUGACAUGCUGGAGGUGAUUCUAAAGCGGAUGGACAGCCUAUCCAAACUCGACAACACCUCCACCACUGACACAAGGCGGCUGGAUGAGCUCACCUCUGCUAUCAACAGGUUUCAACCAGCCAGCCUGGUAGAGAGGAUCCAAGCUAUAGCCCAGAAUGUCUCCAACAUGGCCAACAGGGUGGAGCAGAUACUACAAAACAGCAUUGUACAAGGAAGAGCAAUGAGAGAUGUGACAUCCGGCCAGUGUGAAGUACCAAGAGACCCCCGCUUCCCAGAGUGUCCUGGGAAAGUAGAUUGGAUGCGUGCACGUUGGACAUCGGACCCUUGCUAUGCCUUCUACGGAGUCGAUGGUUCAGACUGCUCCUUCCUCGUCUACCUGAGCGAGGUUGAGUGGUUCUGCCCCCCACUCGCCUGGAGGAACCACAGCAGCACUCCCACCCAGUAUGUACUGCAGCCAAAGGCCCCUAAGAGACAGGCUGCCUUUCGCACAGACCUUUCUGUGCUGCUGGACCAGGUUGGGGCAGGAAAGGAGUCCCUCAGCUUCAUGAAGCGCCGAAUCCGUCGUCUCGCACAGCAGUGGGCAACGGCCGCCAACCGCCUGGAUGCCAAGCUGGAGCAACGGUGGAGGGACCAGAAGAAGAUCUUGGUCCAUGUAGGCUUCCUAACCGAGGAGUCUGGAGAUGUUUUCAGUCCCAAAGUGCUGAAGGGGGGUCCUCUGGGAGAGAUGGUCCAGUGGGCUGACAUCCUCACUGCCCUCCAUGUUUUGGGACAUAACCUCAAGAUCUCCAUGUCUGUCAAGGAGCUGCAGGGGUUCCUCGGUGUGCCCCCAGGCAGAGGCAGUUGCCCACUGACUGGCCCGCUGCCCUUUGACCUCAUCUACACUGACUACCAUGGCAUGCAGCAGAUGAAGCAACACAUGGGGCUCUCACUCAAGAAACACAAAUGUCAUAUCCGAGUGAUUGACACAUUUGGGACGGAACCAGCUUACAAUCAUGAGGAGUAUGCAACGCUGCACGGCUACCGGACCAACUGGGGCUACUGGAACCUCAACGCCAGGCAGUACAUGACCAUGUUCCCUCACACACCAGACAACUCAUUCAUGGGCUUCGUUUCGGAGGAGCUGAAUGAGACGGAGAAGAGAAGCAUCCAGCAGAACAAAGUCAACAACAUGGCCGUAGUGUACGGUAAAGAGGCCAGUAUGUGGAAGCUUCAGCAGGGUAAAGAAGGUUUCCUGCAGAUUCUCCACAGGUACAUGGAGGUCCAUGGCACAGUGUACUAUGAGACCCAGAGACCUCCCGAGGUCCCGGCCUUCGUAAAGAACCACGGCCUGCUGCCCCAGCAUGAGCUGCAGCAACUUCUGCGCAAGGCCAAGCUCUUCAUUGGCUUUGGUUUCCCCUACGAAGGCCCAGCCCCUCUGGAAGCAAUAGCCAAUGGCUGCAUCUUCCUGCAGCCCAAGUUCCACCCGCCUCACAGCUCACUCAAUCAUGAGUUUUUCAGAGGCAAGCCCACUUCUAGAGAGGUGUCCUCCCAGCACCCAUAUGCAGAGCAGUACAUCAGCAGACCUCAUGUCAUGACGGUGGACUACAACAACUCCCUGGAGUUCGACUCUGCCAUCAGGGAAAUCAUGAGGACCAAGGUUGAGCCAUACCUGCCUUAUGAAUACACCUGUGAGGGGAUGUUGGAGAGAGUGCAUGCCUACAUACAGCAUCAGGACUUCUGUGCCCUUGAGCCUCCCUUCAUGCCAGCCAACCUCUCCAGACAGGGGUCUGCUGGUGGCAGCAGGAUUACAGGGCCUCUGUUUGUGCCCCUGCCCAAUUCCACAGCCGUUGGCUGGGCAUCCAAUGUGACAGCUCCCCCUGCCUGGCCUCCUCUCAGCUCCCUCCGGCUGCUCGUAUCUCAAGAGGGCCAGUCCUGUGUGGAGGCAUGCCAUUCCAAUGGUUUGGUCUGUGAGCCCGCUCACUUCCGCUUCAUCAACAACAAGGAGGCCCUGCACAGGUUGGAGGUGCAGUGCGAGGUGGUAGACUCUGAGAUAAACCACAUCCUUCCGGCCUUCUCGGUGGUGCGGCGGGAGUGCGGCCUCCAGCGGGAACCCCUCCUCUUCAGCUGUGCAGGACACUCCCCCAAAUACAGACGGCUUUGCCCCUGCAGGGACUUCCGCCACGGCCAGGUGGCUCUGUGCAGAGACUGUCUAUAAUGAUGUGACUGGUAAAGGACAAACACAAAACAAUUAGAGACAGAUUGGCGGUGUGUGUGUGUGUGGAGGGGUUGGGGG